CAUUCCCGAUCCAUCCCCAUUCAUCCCCAAUCAUCCCCCAUCCAUCACCCAUCCAUUCCCCAUUCAUCCCCCAUUCAUCACCCAUCCAUUCCCCAUUCAUCCCCCAUUCAUCACCCAUCCAUUCCCCAUUCAUCCCCCAUUCAUCACCCAUCCAUUCCCCAUUCAUCCCCCAUUCAUCACCCAUCCAUUCCCCAUUCAUCCCCCAUUCAUCACCCAUCCAUUCCCCAUUCAUCCCCCAUUCAUCACCCAUCCAUUCCCCAUUCAUCCCCCAUUCAUCACCCAUCCAUUCCCCAUUCAUCCCCCAUUCAUCACCCAUCCAUUCCCCAUUCAUCCCCUUCAUCACCCAUCCAUUCCCCAUUCAUCCCCCAUUCAUCACCCAUCCAUUCCUUUCAUCCCUCUGA